AGUCACAACAAUAUAAGCUUCGUUGUUAUUAAACCCUAAUUUCUUCUCACCGUGCUUAUGUCCCGAGCUUUCUGAUCACUCUCCGAGAGACUCCGACGCGGCGGCUGUUGAAGAAGAAGAUUUCAAUAUGAAGUUCAAUGUUGCGAAUCCCACCACUGGUUGCCAGAAGAAGCUCGAGAUCGAUGAUGAUACAAAACUACGAGCAUUUUGGGACAAGAGGCUUUCACAAGAAGUCAGUGGAGAUGCACUUGGUGAGGAAUUUAAAGGCUACGUGUUUAAAAUUACUGGAGGAUGCGACAAGCAAGGCUUUCCGAUGAAGCAGGGAGUGCUGACCCCUGGCCGUGUUCGCCUUUUGCUUCACAGGGGAACUCCCUGCUUCCGUGGAUAUGGAAGGCGUAAUGGAGAGCGCAGAAGGAAGUCUGUUCGUGGGUGCAUUGUUAGCCCAGAUCUCUCUGUUCUCAACUUGGUUAUUGUGAAGAAGGGUGAGAAUGAUUUACCUGGCCUGACUGAUGUUGAGAAGCCAAGGAUGAGAGGUCCAAAGAGAGCAUCCAAAAUCCGUAAGCUGUUCAACCUGUCCAAGGAGGAUGACGUGAGGAAGUAUGUCAACACCUACCGUAGGACAUUUACAACCAAAGCUGGCAAAAAGGUUAGCAAAGCUCCCAAGAUACAAAGACUGGUUACUCCUCUUACACUCCAAAGAAAGCGAGCAAGAAUUGCCGACAAGAAGAAGAGAAUUGCUAAGGCAAAAUCAGAGGCAGCUGAGUACCAGAAGCUUCUUGCUUCCAGAUUGAAGGAGCAGAGAGAGCGUCGCAGUGAGAGUUUAGCGAAAAAGAGAUCCAGGAUUUCCAGUGCUACUAAGCCAGCUGUCACUGCAUAGUAUGCCUUCAGAUACAGAUAUUUGGUGAAGUUUAAUCAUCACCGCAGUUUUUGGUACUGUUACUUUAUUAUGGCUUUGACAUUACAAAUGCGUAUGGUUUUUGCUAUUUUUCGUACAUUAAGUUAUUGAAGUAUUCUCUGAUGUAGUCUCACUUGUUUAAUUAUUUUUGACCUGUUGAAAUAUGUAUCCAGUUCGCGUGUUACUUCCGUAGGUA